AUGAUAUCAAAUUCAAGAACCUUAUUCUUGGAAACAGAUGGAAUUAAUACCAAUGAGAAGCCGGUGUUUGUAAAUCAUCUUGCUGAUAAAAAUUGUCACAAUAAUGAAUGCCACGGAAUAAUAAAUCUUUCUCCCAAUCAUCUUCAUUUUAGAAUACUAAAUGAUUAUUCACCUGCUAAAAACGAACUGGAUAUUUCUUAUUUCCGUGUUUCUCCAGACGAACUACUGUAUAAAAAUGAG